AUGGCUCUGCCAUACGAGUCCCAGUUCCAGUACGCCAAACUUCCUGCUUAUCAAUGGCAAACGUUUGAUCCAAGCGCCGUUACAUACUCCCUACAUCCUAUCAUUGCACCCGCCGAAAUUGAUCCAAGCAACCAUGAUACUGACGACCAGUUGAAGAAUGAGGAGGCAGCCACCACAUCUGACGACGUCGCAGAGCCUCCUGCCCCUCCUGCCGAAGAUACCCCCGAAGAAAGCGACGAUACCGCUGCCAUGGACGAUACAACACCGCCAGCACAGGCAGGUACCGAGGAGGGGGUGAUAGAAGGAGAAUCUAGAGAUACAGGUAUCCGCGACACAAGCAUAUCUAAAACUAGGUGCUCUAACCGAUUCAUUCCAGCAGAAGGAACCGGCACUGACGCCUCCGCCGAGGGCCGAGAACCAAAGGUCGAUGAUGUUCCAGCGGAAAAUACCGACGACGGGCCGCUAGAUGCAUCGGAUUCUGGCCCAGAACCCGAGCAAGCAGAGCCAAAGGAUGAAGCUGUUGAGCAACCCGCUGAAGACGACUCCAAGGGUCCAGACGAAGAGACAGAUCCGGAAGGCUCAUCGGAAGCUACCGCCGUUGAAUUGAGUGACGGCGACAAAUCUUCGGACCCAGAAACAGUUGUGGAAGUAGUUGAGAAAAUGCAAGAAGCUGAUGCUCCCCCUGAGCAAAUCACUGAAGUCCUAGAAAAGGCCAUGUCCGACGUCGGAGCUAGUCCUGCUUCUCCGGAGUCAGUGGCCGAUAUUGACCAGCCACCUGAAGAGAAUGAAGAGAGCGCAGAUGCAUCUGCAGUAGAUGAACGAGGAGAGGCGCCUGACGCCGCUGCAAACCCAGCAUCUGAAGAGGGCACCCCAACCGAAGACAACCCUGCAGAUAAUGUGGAAGAGCCUCCAGCCCAAGAUCAAGACCAAUCCAACGACGAUUCUGCAGACGCGGAGCCAGCAGAAAAGCCAGAAGAACCAGCUGAGGCAAGCGAAGAAGCAGCAGCCGACGAGGCUGCGAUGGAAGGGGUGCCAGACAGCAACGAAGGUGACGCUGCUACCGCAGAUGCAGCAGACGAUGCGCAGCCCGACCCUGACCCUCCGGCUGCGGAAGAAAAAGAGGGUGGCUUGGACGAGCCCCCCGCGCCUGAGACUGCGGACGCCGACGGGAACGGGGAUAAUGACAACAAAGAGGAAAACACCGCCUCGGAUGACCCCGUUCCUGAAGAAAAGGUGGAAGAAAGUGCAGUUGAGGAGGUAUCACAAGAAGCCGGCGCCGAGGCACCAGCGGCUGGAGAAGACUCCAGCCAAAAUGAGGAAGCUGGUGCCGAAGAGAUGCCUGUGAUAGAGGAUCCUCCGGAGGACGUACCAAAAGAAGCAUCUACAGAAGAGACGCCUGAAGUAGAGGAUCCUCCGGAGGACGUACCAGAAGAAGCAUCUACAGAAGAGACGCCUGAAAGGAUCCUCCGGAGGACGUACCAGAAGAAGCAUUUACAGAAGAGACGCCUGAAGUAG